AUGAUGCAACAAGGUCAGAAGUAUACAUGGAAUGAUAAAGGAGAUACUCAGAGAAUCUACUCCAAAAUUGACUGGACUUUUAUUAAUAAUGAGUGGCUUGUCUCUAUGCCUGCUUGUAGAGCUUGCUACUUACCUGAAGGGAUCAAUGAUCAUUGUCCCAUAAAAAUCACUUAUGAAGAGGAACAAGCCUGCAUCAGGAAAUCUUUUCAAUAUUGUAAUGUUUGGGCCAAUCAUCCAUUAUUCAUGGAGAAGGUGAAAGUUGGAUGGGAGGUUCCCAUUGAAGGAUGUAUGAUGUUUAAAGUAGUAAAGAAAUUGAAGUUGCUGAAACGUGGUCUGAAGGAGUUAAAUGCACAAUUCUUCAGGAAUAUUGUAGAUGAAGCAAAUGAUGACAGAAAGGCUUUGCACAUAGCACAAAGUGUGCUACAGCAGGACCCUUUAAAUGUGACUUUGCAACUGGACGAGAAAGAGAAGUACCUGAAAUUCAAGCAAUCCUCUUACAUGGCUGAACUAUUUUUGCAACAAAGGAGUAAGGCUACAUGGAUUAGAAUUGGAGAUGAUAAUACGAGAUACUUCCACUCCGUUAUCAAACACAAGAAAUUGAAACGAGCCACCACACAAUUGAAAGAUGAACAUGGGGUGUGGCAACAUGAACCGGAUGCUAUUGCUAGGUUAUUUGUUCAAUACUACGAAGAUAUGCUUGGUAGAAAAGGGGAUGAAAGGGUCAAAGUUUUUCCAGGUUUUUUAAGGAAUGGGCCAAGAUUAUCUGUCCAACAACAAGUUGAAAUCUUACAGGCCUUUACUAAAGAAGAUGUCAAGAAAGCUAUAUUCUCGAUUGACCGUAACAAAAGUCCAAGACCAGAUGGCUUUGGAAUUGGGUUCUUCAAAGAUGCAUGGAAGAUUGUCUCAGAAUGUCGAUGGGGGUUUUUAGAGUUUGUUUUCUUUCAAUGCAAAACGGGGUAUCUACGAAAUUCAUUGGAUAAUCUGAGGAACUUGCACAUGUUGGGGUUUUAUUCUGGCUGGAAUAUGAAAGAAAUAUACCGUGUGACCCCAUAUGAAUCUGUCUGUUCUUUUACUGGAAAGUGCCUUAAAUCAAUUAUGUGUAAUGCAUGUCUGUCAGUUGUUCAAAAGGGAACUUCAAGGUCUGCUAAUCCACUCAUUUAUAUUCUGUUUAUGACUCUGCGUCCUGUCAUUGUCAGUGUAGUUUCUAAUAAACUAGAAAUUGAUUUGAACUGA